AUGUCUACACACGGUGAUCAUGGAACUACAGAUGAUCAACAUUCAUCUGCAUCUCGCGAACUUUUGAUCCUCUACGCUACGGAAACAGGUACAGCUCAAGAGACUGCUGAUCGCAUUGCGAGGGAAUGUCGAAGAGUCCAUUUUCACUGUCGUGUGCAGAGCAUGGAUGUGUAUCCACCAGAAACAUUGAUUUCAGAACACUUGGUCAUCUUCGUGGUUUCGACCACUGGUUGGGGCGCUGAACCCAGAGCCAUGACUUCAUUAUGGAACAUGUUGCUGAGGUCUGAUCUCCCAGAUGACCUAUUCGAGGACACGGAUUUCUGCGUGUUCGGCCUUGGAGACACGGCCUAUGAGAAAUUCUGUUGGCCGGCAAAGAAGCUAUCGAGAAGGAUGCAGAGUUUGGGAGGCUAUGAGAUUUGCUCACGAGGAGAAGGAGAUGAACAGCAUCGCCUAGGGGUAGAUGGUGCAUUGGAUCCUUGGAUCGAGCGUCUCCUAGAAGUCCUCAUACAGCUCUACCCAUUACCGCACGAGCAACAUAACAUUCCGGCUGGUCGACCACCACCUCGCGUAUCCUUUAGCAAUUUGGGAUCUGACACCUUUCCGAAUCCAGAUCCUCUAGACGAGGACAAGAAGUUUCAUACAGCUUCUGUGAAGUGCAACAGACGGAUCACUGCGGAAGAUUGGUUUCAGGACGUACGCCAUUUUGAGUUCUCCUUCGAAGACGAUAUAAAACACAACCCUGGAGAUGUUGCUGUAAUUCAUCCAUCUGCAGCCGCAUCAGAAGUCGACUCUUUCCUUGUCGCCAUGGGCUGGGCAAAUGUUGCAGACGAUUUUUUCACAGUAGAACAUACAAUGUUAGAUCAAACAUUGCCCGACCAUCUACCGAAAAUCGUUUCCCUUCGAAUCCUAUUCACGCGCUAUCUCGAUUUCAAUGCUGUGCCUCGCCGCUCUUUUUUCCGACUGCUGCAAUAUUUUGCUACCGACGAGCUCGAAUGCGAAAAACUUAACGAAUUUGUAUCGAUAGAAGGAGCGGACGAAUUGUAUGAUUAUUGUCAACGCGUGAAACGCACGACCUGGGAAGUAUUGUCCGAGUUCCGGUCUGCAAGGAUACCGAGAGAGUAUGUCUUUGACUUCUUUCCUCCACUAAGGCCAAGAGAAUUCUCCAUCGCUAGUUCCAUCGAGCUCCAUCCCCGUGAGAUCCAUCUCUGUGUUGCUAUAGUGCGCUAUCGCACAAAGUUGAAAAUUCAUCGGAAAGGCGUCUGUACUAGUUAUCUAUCAGGGCUUAAAUCAGGAGAUACCCUUCGUAUCGGUCUCAGAAAGGGCUUCAUUUCCCUUCCUACGGAUCCAAACACACCGGUGGUGUGUGUGGGCCCAGGGACAGGCAUUGCACCUAUGCGUGCCGUCAUCGAGCAGCGCAUACACGAGGGACACACCAAUACUACCUUAUACUUUGGUUGUCGUUCUGCACACAAGGAUCAGCAUUAUCACUCGGAAUGGGAAUUUCAUGCGGAACAACACAAACUCCGCUACCGCGUUGCGUGUUCUCGUGAUGGACCAGAGGGUGUUAAACGGACGUAUGUGCAAGAUCUGAUGAAGAAGGACGCACAGUAUAUUUGGACAAUGCUGGGGCAGCAACGAGGCAUCCUUAUCAUCUCAGGUUCCUCGAACAAAAUGCCUACUGCUGUCCGUGAAGUUGUGCGAGGUGCAGCGGAGAUGUUUGGAGGAAGGUCGAAUGCUGAGGCUGUGGAGUAUGUUGCUGCGAUGGAGAGGGAGGGAAGGUUGAUUGAGGAAUGUUGGAGUUGA